AUGCAAAGACCAGAUGAAGCAGCUGCUAAACAAAAACCAAUUGGCGGUAAGAAACAACGUCUUGUUGAAUAUCUCCAAAAUGAAGACCCAACUAAAGUAUUUGGUAAACUCCAAAGACUUGAUGAAGGUUCUUCUGCCGUUGUUUACAAGGGUAUUCACAACAAGACUGGUAUGAAAGUUGCCAUCAAGAUUAUACAGAUUAAAGCUGACACCAAGUUAGAAACAUUAGAAAACGAAAUUGCAAUGAUGCACUCUUGUCAACAUGAAAAUAUUGUAAAAUACGUAGGAGCAUACUCACACAAUCAAGAUUUGUGGAUUGUCAUGGAAAUGAUGAGUGGUGGUAAACUCACAGAUUUGUUAUUGAGCACUCAAUUCUCUGAACCAGAAAUUGCUGCUGUUUGUAAGGAAAUUUUGAAAUCACUCAAGUACCUCCACGAUAAUCAAAGAAUUCACCGUGAUAUCAAAUCAGAUAACGUACUUCUUGGAGAAAAUGGUGAUGUCAAAUUGGCUGACUUUGGUUUCUGUGCUGAAUUAUCCCAAACUGCUGAUAAGAGACGAUCAGUCGUUGGUACUCCAUACUGGAUGGUAAGUUUUCUUGAAGUUAUUCGUGGAGUUGAUUAUGACACCAAGGUUGACAUUUGGUCUUUGGGUAUUAUGGCUUUGGAAAUGGCUGAUGGUGAACCACCAUUGCUUGACUUGCCACCAUUGAGAGCUUUGUUCAUUAUUGCCACUCAACCACCUCCAACUUUGAGAGAACCAGAGAAGUGGUCAAAUGUCUUUAAGGACUUUUUGGCUUGUGCUCUUGCUAAGAAUCCUCAAAAGAGAGCCUCAGCUGAUGAUCUUUUGAACCAUCCAUUCAUUCAAAAGGCUACUGAUACUAAGUUCCUUGUUGAACUCAUUAAGAAGUAUAAGUUGAAGAAAUAA